AUGGUCGUCUGCAUGUUGAGGAGACGGGCGAGCGUUUCAUUGCUGGUGUGGGUGAAUCAUCUUAGGAUUUGCAAAAAGGAGUUGCAGGAUGAUUUCAUGAGAGGGGUAGAGAUCAAAACAACCUCACCCAUCGUGACCUUCUACGAGUCGUCUCGCGAUACAUGCAACCGCCUUGUCGAGGCCAUCGAUGACGGGUGGGUCAACCCGAGGCCCACUCGAAAAUCCUGCACGAGGAGGAGUUCGGCUGGGACAAGGAGCUCGCCAAGAUUUGGUCCUUCAGGCCCAACAACACUCGCCCAAACAUUUUGGUCAACAAGUGCAAGGGAGGAGCCGUCGAGUAUCUUGACGAAAUUUGUCGUGGCCGGUUUUCAGAGAGCCUCGAAGGCGGGCAUGCUCGUCGGAGUGAAGAUGAGGAGCGUUUGCUUUAAGCCCAUCAUCAGAGACGAGCUCGAGCGGCAGAUCAUCGAGGCUGUUGAACGUGUUGUGCACGCAACCUAUCUCUCGGCCACUCCUUGUCUUAUGGAGCCCAUGUACUUGGUCGAGAUUCAGGCGAUCGAGCAUGACCUAGACGUGAUCUACCAAGCUAUUUACGAGAAGAGUGGACACGUGUUAGAAGAUGUGGAGAUGCCCGCCUACACAUUAUUCUACAAUUUGAAGGCCAACCUCCGGUGA